UGCGUACUCUCGACUAUGACAACAAAAUGGCAGUCAGAGGGAGGCUUUGACGUGACAUUCGUAAACCAAUCUCGUGGUUAAAAGUUAUCAAUUUAUGAAUAUGCGAAUUGUAACUUUCAACCGCAAGAUUAUUUUUGCAGGACUGCUUGCCUGCCUCGUAAUCGCAAUUAUAUGGACAAUAUCUCGCCCAACAAGAUCUACCACUCAUGAUCGUUUCAAAAACGGAAAAACAAACUCUAUAAGGAGAUUUCCUACAGUGAAGAGCACAGAAGAAAUAGUUGCAACUGUACUUGUCAUCGCCUGCAACAGACCAGAAGUGGAGAGAAGCCUGGACAGUUUACUGAGGUUUCGAACAUCGGAAAGAAAGUUUCCCGUGGUUGUCAGCCAAGACUGCGGACACGAGGAGACAGCUCAAGUUAUAGCCUCUUACGGAGACAAAAUCAUGUAUGUAAGACAUCCCGACGUAUCUGAUAUCACUGUGCCAAAAGGUUCAGAUAAUUUAAAGGGAUACUACAAACUAUCAAGACACUAUAGAUGGGCUUUAUCGCGGGUUUUUGAUGUGCUUCAUCAAGAUACGGUUAUUGUUGUUGAAGAUGAUUUGGAGAUUGCUCCUGAUUUCUUUGAAUACUUUGAGGCUACUAAAGCACUGCUUGACAAAGACCCUACACUGUGGUGUGUAUCAGCAUGGAAUGACAAUGGUAAAACUGGCAGGGUGAAGGGUAAUGAUUUGCUCUACCGAACUGAUUUUUUUCCUGGACUAGGAUGGAUGUUGAAAAAAUCUCUCUGGGAGGAGCUGGCACCUAAGUGGCCUGCAGCUUUUUGGGAUGACUGGAUGCGGCAUCCAGAGCAGAGACAUGACCGUGCUUGCAUUCGUCCUGAGAUACCUCGAGUGGUGACAUUUGGAAGGAUAGGAGUUAGUCGGGGCCAAUUCUUUGAUGAGCAUCUUAAGUAUAUAAAAUUGAACAAUGAAUUUUACCCCUUUACAGAGAGAAAUUUGACAUACCUCAUGAAAGAUGUAUAUGAUCCCAGGUUCAUCAAUACAGUGUACAAAUCACCAUUAGUUUCAUUUGAUUAUUUUCACUCAGGUCAUGUGAUGCCUGCUCCAUCAGUAAGAGUUCAGUAUGAAUCUGAGGAAACCUUUAGGUCAUUAGCAAAUCAGCUAGGAAUUAUGAACGAUAUUAAGGCAGGUGUACCGAGAAUGGCAUACCGAGGUGUGGUCAGCUUUAUGUACAAAAAUCUGAGAGUUUAUCUAGCACCACCCAGAAAUUGGAAUGGAUAUGAAUACCAUGAUUGAUUCUAAUUAGAAGUACUCCAAGAUGUGACAGCUAUGUUUUGACAGUUAAAAAUGAACCUAAAUUAGAUUUUCUGGAUGUAGUUUGCUGUACAGAAAACUAUGUUCAGAGCAUAGGUGACUCUGCAGUUUAUUUUGAAGAAUUUCACUUGAAAUUUUUUCCAGCUCCAUGUUAGCCAUACAGUAUAUGACCUGCAUAUAGAUAGUUUUGUCCUCACACUUGGUAAGUUGCUGUACCGAGAGGGUACUCUGUGGUAUACUAUUUCCAGUGAGGGGAGGGAAGGAAGGAAAUCUAGAUAAGAACUAUAGUUAACUGUUUUAAAAGUAAAUAAUAUAUAUGAUCACCUUUUUUAAGAGAAACUACUUAAAGAUAAGUCAAAGUAAUUGAUUUAUUGUACAAUUUGAGAAAGGUUUAAUUACAGGUUUUUAAGAUUUUGCUUCAAUAACCAAAGCAAUAAUUUAUUUUAAAAAAAUGAUUGUAUGAAAUCAGUCUAGCUGGUGUAUUAAGGAGAAACUAUUAUUGACUAAUUGAAGCAAUUGACUUUUUAUACUGUUUGAAAGAAGUUUGACUACAGCUUUAAAGAUUUUUCUACAAUGUUAUGGCUAUAAAUUAUUAUAAAUAUUUGCUUUGUUUGGAAACCAGUUUUUAAGGUGAAACUUUGAAAACCAUGAACACAAAAAAUAUUAGUGUUUUAGAGAAGAGGCUUAUUAAGUUGAAGGAAAAAAUGGAAACAGCAAGGGUGCAUACUUUGUGGCUAGAGGGUUUCUGCCAUAUUUUAAACUUGCCUUGUAAGCAUGAUUGAUUAGUACAACAAUGACCUGUUGGAAUAAAAUCAAAAUGUUCACUGUUUUUCUAAGUUUCACAGUAAGAGAGAUUUUUUUUUGUAGAGCAAUGUGCUUUUCUAAUGAUAAGUUGUUACAAACUAGGGAAAUAUAAUUGCUAAACUGGAAUUUAUAAGAGAGAUUAUUACAUUUACAGAAAUAUAAUAUGCUAUUUUUGUAUUUUUGAAGUGGUGACAAUUUAAAUGGAGAUACUUAUUGCAAGUCUCAUAAAUAAAAUACAUUCCUAUUUGUCU